ACUCGCACCCGCCGGUGCCGAGCGCGCCGUGCCACCGCCGCCGGGAGGACAUGGCAAGGCAGUGAGCGGAUCCGUGCCGGUGCCGGCGCCCGCGAUGACCCUGGUGCUGCCCAUGCAGCGGCUGGGCCGCCCCAUCGCCGCCGAGGGAGCCGCCGACCUCGCCGCCUACCGCGCCCUCUGGGAGCCGCCCUGCUGCGGCCGCCCCGGCCCCGCCGCCCCGCCGGCCCCGACCCCGGCCCCGGCCCCGGCGGCCCCCGGCCCCCCCGCCGCAGGAUCGCAUUACAGGGGAAUUUCGAAUCCUGUAACAACAUCCAAGAUCACAUACUUUAAAAGGAAAUAUGUGGAAGAAGAGGAUUUUCAUCCGCCACUCAGCAGCUGUACACAUAAAACAAUCUCCGUGUUUGAGGAGCGGGCCCAUAUUCUUUACAUGUCUUUGGAAAAGCUGAAAUUCAUUGACGAUCCUGAAGUCUACCUGCGGAGAUCUGUGCUCAUCAACAAUCUCAUGAAGAGAAUCCACGGAGAGAUCAUCAUGCAGAACAACUGGUGCUUCUCCACCUGCUCCUUCGGUGGCACCUCCCCGCAGGAGUGGUUUGUGCCUCAGGACUGUCCAUACAGAAAACGCCUUCGGAUGGCCAAGGAGGAGUACGAGAAGCUCCACAUGUGCUGCUUCUAUCAAGAAUGUGGCAGUCACUAUUUAAAUCUACCCUACUCUGUUAAUGCUAGUACAGAAAGUAAUUCCUCUUCUUCCUCCUCCUCCUCCUCCCCUCCCAUUUCUUUGCCAAGCUGUUCCCAGCAGGUGGAUUAUGAAGUUGGCAGUGCACCUUCUUACAGAAGUGAUGACCAGAUACCUGCUAAUGAAAUAUUCAUCACUAAUGGCAGGUCUCACAGUAACCAGGAAAAGGCAAAAUUUAAUGAUGAGAAAGGAGAUAAUGAACCUGAGAGAGAGAGCAUCGACCUAAACUGUGAACCUGUAAGAGGCACCCAUGCUCUUGAAUGUAAAGGCAAAUUUUAUGACUAUUUUGAGACUGGAUGUAACGACAAGAGCAACAUAAGUGAAUCUUGGAAAAAAUCCUUAAGGAAAAAGGAGUCUUUACCAAGUAAUAAAAUCUGCUGCAACAAAGGAAGUAAAAUAUGAGGCAUCUUUCUUGCUCUGUUGAAGCAUGCACAGCAUGUUCCUUCUCUAUCAAAUUUUUAUUUUGAACGGAUUUUUUAUAGUUUUCUACGAAUGGUACAAUCAUGCCACAAACAUGACGUGUAGAGUGAAGAGCAGAUUGCGUAAAGUGUCUCUGCCAUCAGUGGCUAUUUAUAAAUGUGGAGACUUCAGAAAGAACACGGUUGCAUUACUGCUGAGCACUGUAGUCUGUGCAGCUAUGGUGGAGCUUUCGUUGCUGAAAAUGCCAAUCCAGCCAGAUGGGGAAAACAUAUCGUUUUACAUAUCCCCGCCCCCAAGAAGUCUGCCAUUAAUUAAGAAGAACCUCCAUUAUGUUUACCAAGGAAUUAGAAGUCUGGUAAACAAAUUGAUGCUACCAGCAAGGAUGAUGUGCUCCUCGUAACUCAGUAUUUGUUCUGACAAAGGACUGUCUUCAUGGAUUGGGAAUAAACCAUCCUUACGUUUUGUAGUGAUACUCUUGAA